GACUAUGGGGAUGGGGAGAGGGGGGCUGCUGUGUGCCAUGUGCUGAGGGGCAGUUCAGUGCCUAGACUGGGUUGGCCCCCUACUGGCAGUGCACUCUGUGUAUUCUGCUAAACCGCCAGUAGAGGGCAGCGUGCUCACCCACCAACAAUCCCCAGUGUGGCAACUGCCUCCCAGGGUCCAAUAUCUAUAGGGCACAGGUGGCUAGUGGCACCUUAAUUGGGGAGGACAGACUCAUAGUAAUGGCAGGAACGGAAUAAAUGGAAUGGUAUCGACUCAUCAAACACAUGGUUUUUCACUCCACUAACUUUCAAGAUAACCAAAGCCAAAAACCACUGUAAUCUUAGAGAGCAGGAAGGAAACUUAGGAUCUGUCAUGAUCAUCCCCAUAGGCCAUGCUGCGUAUGUCAUUAGGUGUGGUGUUUAUGUGUGGUGUUUAUGUGUGGUGUUUAUGUCAGGUAUUAUAAGCUCCUGAGGUGGACCUGAGGUGGACCUGUCGUGGACCUGAGGUGGACCUGUCGUGGACCUGAGGUGGACCUGUCGUGGACCUGAGGUAGACCUGAGGUGGACCUGUCGUGGACCUGAGGUGGACCUGUCGUGGACAUGAGGUGGACCUGAGGUGGACCUGAGGUGGACCUGUCGUGGACAUGAGGUGGACCUGUCGUGGACCUGAGGUGGACCUGUCGUGGACCUGAGGUAGACCUGAGGUGGACCUGUCGUGGACCUGAGGUGGACCUGUCGUGGACAUGAGGUGGACCUGAGGUGGACCUGAGGUGGACCUGUCGUGCAUGCCCUGUUACAGGCAAGGUCCGGAAAAACACCUCCACAGCAGGUAAGGUCCACAACCAGCCAACAGAUUAAUACUGUUUAGCAAACAACUACAACAUCACCGUAAGCUUUCCACUGGUAGCUCCCAUUGAUAUUCAAAUGAUUAUUCUCAGAAUGAGAAUUAGUCAACAGAAUUUCAUUUGCUCAGAGUUGGCCAUCACUAUUUCCAGCAGAAGUUCCAAAGGAGUUACAGAGAACACUGAGUAAUAGUACAUGCAUUCUUAAAACUAGUUGUGUAGAUGAGGGUUAUGUGUGUAUUGUUGAGCUAGUGACGCUGUAUACGGUCCAAGUCUCCAUGGCUCUCAUUGGUUCAGUGACUUGCCUCCUCGACCUACCUACUACUUCAGUGAGAUUCAGUGAGUUUUGCCUUCACUAUCAAACCAUGGCUAACAACUGUACUCAAUCUCACAUUUUUCUCUUUUGUAUUCACAAAUGUGGUAAUGAAAUGUGCAUUAUAUGUGUGAUUUUUGUGGGGCAUUCAGAGCAGGUUCCAAUGUAUUGGCCUGAAGGCCUACAUUCUGAAGCAGACACAGCCUUCCCACGGAAAACACUCCUCUCCAACACCACAGAGACUGAAGAGAGACCACUAGUACCCCCCUCAGAGAGACCACCAGUACCCCCCUCAGAGAGACCACCAGUACCCCCUCGUGAGACCACCAGUACCCCCCUCAGAAAAAACACUAGUACCCCCCCUCAGAAAGAACACCAGUACCCCCCUCAGAGAGACCACUAG